UUCCGUUCAGCCUCACAAAAUAUUGGUGGUUGUUUGCCAAGUGAUCGUUCUUAUUCUCUACCGACUGCUUGUGAUUCAACCAAGAACUUUAGUGAGGCAAAUUCUUCGGCUGUUUCAUAUCUGAGUCUCGGUUCUGGUAUGGAUUAUUUUUCUCUGGUUUUCUCUCAUCCUUUAAGAUAUGGUGUGAAUUUUUCAGUUUGUCAAGAUUUAUGCUUGGGGGACUGUGCUUGCUUGGGAAUUUUCUAUGAAAAUUCUUCUGGCUCUUGCUAUGUGCUUGAAAAUGACUUAGGCUCCAUCAUAUUCAGUGAUACAGUUGAAAAUGAUCUUUGGGGCUAUGUUAAAGUACUUGUUGGACCUACUUCAACAGAUUCCGGCGGCAACAAUGGUUUCAGCAAUCAAAGAAAAGAGUUUCCCAUAGCUGCUAUUGUGCUCUUACCUUUCACUGGGUUUUUUCUGUUAGCUGCUCUAGGAUUUCUCUGGUGGAAAAGAUUGAUACUAAACAGAACUGGAGAGAUAAAAUUAGGCCACCUAAACUCAGUUUCUUCAGGAGAUCUGGAUGCCUUCUACAUUCCAGGCUUGCCACAAAAGUUUGAUUAUGAAGAGCUAGAGGUGGCUACUCAUAAUUUUAAGACCAAAAUAGGGUCGGGUGGGUUUGGUGCUGUAUACAAAGGUACACUUCCCGAUAAAACUGUUGUCGCAGUCAAGAAGAUAACAAAUCCAGGCAUCCAAGGAAAAAAAGAAUUCUGUACAGAAAUUGCAGUAAUAGGAAACAUUCACCAUGUCAAUUUGGUCAAAUUGAGAGGAUUUUGUGCCCAAGGGGGACAACGGUUUUUGGUGUAUGAGUAUAUGAGCCGGGGCUCACUGGACCGAACCCUCUUUGGGAGUGGGCCGGUCUUAGAAUGGCAAGAGAGAUUUGGUAUAGCACUUGGAACAGCUCGUGGGCUUACAUACUUGCACAGUGGCUGUGAACAUAAGAUCAUUCAUUGCGAUGUCAAACCAGAAAAUAUUCUCUUGCAUGAUCAUUUUCAGGUAAAGAUCUCUGAUUUUGGGCUCUCAAAGCUUCUUAGCCCUGAACAAUCCAGUCUGUUCACAACAAUGAGAGGCACUCGUGGCUAUCUCGCACCUGAAUGGCUUACUAACUCUGCGAUUUCUGAAAAAACUGAUGUUUAUAGUUUUGGGAUGGUACUGCUGGAAUUAGUGAGUGGAAGAAAAAAUUGCUCGUUGAAAUCACAAAGUCAUAGCAUCGAUGUUACCAACAGCGGUGGAGGCAACUCCUCGUCCUCAUCAGUGACGGGAUUGGUUUACUUUCCACUAUUUGCACUAGAGAUGCAUGAACAAGGUAGAUACUUGGAUCUUGCAGAUCCAAGACUUGAGGGGCGGGUAACAAAUAACGAGGUGGAAAAAUUAGUGCGUGUUGCUUUGUGUUGUGUUCAUGAGGAGCCAGCACUGAGGCCAAGUAUGGCCACUGUUGUUGGGAUGUUGGAAGGUGGGAUUCCUUUAGGUCAGCCAAGGGUGGAAUCCUUGAAUUUUUUGCGCUUCUAUGGCCGCAGAUUUACUGAGGCUUCCAUGAUAGAAGAGGAAAAUGGGAAUAGUGAUUUCAUGCUAUACCAACAGGCAAAUGCUUCUCAAAGUAGUACAACUGGCUCAAAUACUUUCUUUUCUUAUCUUGUCAAGAAUACUUUCCUGAAAAAUGAGCGCACAUUCUUGAGAAAGAUCUUGGAGAUGGUGUUGGCACUGGCAUUAGAAAGGACAAUGUCAAAACAAGGAAUACUGAGCUCUUAUGUUUGUAAGAUAUACUGGGGGCAUGGUAUUAAUGGCAUUGAAUCAGCAUCAAAUUUAUAUUUUGGAAAGCAUCCAUCUCUCCUGAGUUUGGCAGAGUCUGCAAUGCUUGCUGGACUCAUACCUGCACCAGAGCUCAGAUCACCACUCAGGGAUAAGAGAAGUGGCAAGACCUUCCAAGCCAGAGUUUUGAAAAGGAUGGUGGAAGUCGGCUCUCUUGAUAUUGAGACGGCACUUUUGAUAGUGAGACAGCCUCUUUACCUGCAUCUUAAUAGGCUGGAAAACACAGAUGGACUGUCAUACCUGUUUUCUUUCUCUGGGUUGGGACUUGGAGAGAACGACAAACUCAAUCAAGCAGGUAAGGAAUCAACAUUCGAAGGUACAUGGGACUGGGAAAGAGAAAGCAAAAUAUGGGAAGUAUGUGAAGAGAUGGAAAGAUGGGCCGUGAAGGUUCGGGGUCCGUGCAGAACUUCAGUAAAAGCUUCUCGUUUGAAAUGAAAAACAGACCACUUGCCUAUAUAUGAUUAAGGCUUGAAGUGUUUCUGGCAAUGGAAGGAAUUCACUCACUAUUCCUUUCCGAAGAACUACAAAUUCCCAUAUUGAGUUCCAUUGCAACAAAUAUUCCUUGAUUGAAACUGAUAGUGAGUAACUUCAGAUUAAAAGCUUUCCCAUCUUGACAUUGGCAAUUAUGCCACUUGAAUACCGAUACAUUGCUGAAAUUGAAAUGGAUAAAGAUAAAGGAAUGGGUUUCUGAUUA